AUGAACGGACAUUCUGCGGACGAGAGGCCGGCGUUGCCGCUUUAUCUCCAGAGAUGUAUCGACCAACUUCCGAAGGACCAUACCAUUUCCCUCGACUCUCCCGUCAGUUCAUCCGUUAAUUACAUCAAAACUCUACCCAGUCGCCGGCAUCAAUAUGCUUCCCUGCUGCUGGCACGGCAUCAGUUAACGCAGCAACUGGCCGAAUGUCCAGGACCCGCUCCGGAGCUCAUACUGCAGCGUGCAGCUGUCUACGAGGCUCUAGGAUACAGUGAACUGGCUCUGGCCGAUGCCUACGCCUCGUACACGUUGUGUGAGGUGGCUCUUGAAGGACCGGACAUUUCGGAUCUGGAACCCACAGACGCCAGCGGCGAUCCAUGGCCACCAGCCGAGGACUCGGCGGUUGCGCUGCUGCACAAGUACCGGUCGCUGAUUGUACUCUGCAGGUCGGCAGUCAUUUUGGGCUGUCAGCAUCAGGCCAAGCUCUGGAUUGAUGACCUGCUGGAAAUGAAGGGCAAAUUGCAGACCGCUGAGGAAACGGAGUCGAACCCGCCGCACGAGGCCGCCGGCGACGACUUCUGCGACUUCUGGACCGUCUACGCGGCGGACACUAGCCUCAAGAACAGCGUCUCCGAGUUGAGGAGGUGUGCCAAAUACAACCUGUUCGGACGCAGUCAACGGCAGGUGUACCCCUGGAAUGAGCAUGAACCCAAUAGGAUGUCCCGAGAGGCGCAGGACGAAAUCAACAGCAAGCUCCACGAGGCUGCCCCGGAUCUGGAGGUCGAGAUCUCCGUCUUGCCGACAUUGACAACAGGCGACACGACUAACGAUGGCCCUUACGGGUCUUCCCAGCUCGGCCUUUACGCCAAAAAGGACCUGGCACCCGGCGACACGAUAUUGGAAGAACGGUCCGUCCUGACAGCGAUCCGACCACACGGCGAGGCACUCUGCGAUGCCUGUGCCGCCGACAUGGAGAGCAUUCCCCAAGAAGAGCGGAGGGAUUGCCCAGGCUGCAACAUCCCGUUCUGCUCGGAAGCGUGCUAUUCGCUUGCACAGAGCAAAUACCAUGCUCCAAACGAGGACGACGACGAGACCGACGACGGGUAUCCGCCGCCCCAGACGCCUUUCUGUCCCGGCACCAGUGGGAACGAAGACAUCCAUGUGCUCGGCCGAGCCGAGAGUUCCACGACUCCGGAAUGGGAUCUGUAUUUCUUGCUGUUGUCCCGCACAAUGCAAAUGGCCGAAACUCAGGGAACACAUCCGCUCGACCUCUUCGAGACAAAGUACUUGUGGGGCGACUUCUCGCCGACCCCGACUCUGGAAACCCUGCCGUCAUUGACGGGCCCCAAAUCUCUACCUUACAGCGUCCGGCAUCACGUCGAGCUCCCGCUGCAGUGGUUCGAGAUCCUCAUGCACUCGCGUGCAGGAUGUCGGCCCUACAGUCAACAAUGGCUGGAGAGGUACGACUGGUGGAUCGUCCAGACGCUGUUCGCCAAAUUCCGAGGCGUCGCCGACGCCCAGCAGUCGACCUGGACCGGCAAGCCUGAGGUCGCCGCCGUGCAUCCUCUGUGGUGUCUCGCCAACCAUAGCUGCAAUCCCAAUGUCACCUGGAAACCGUCCGGUAUUAGGAACCUGACGGUCGUGCAGGAGAGGGUAUGGCAGCCUUCUUCUGACAACAGUGGCAACUCUGAAAGUCCGUGGACAGGCAUCAAGGCCGGGGAUCAGAUCUGGAACCACUACACGGAUAUUCAUGAGAAGGACUAUCGCGAGCGGAGAGCUAGACUACAAGCCGUCCUUGGUGGUGAUUGUAGGUGUGAGCGAUGCAUUGCUGAGGCGGCAGGGGCCGCAGAAUGA